CUCUUGUUUUAUAUCGUUUAACGUUACUUUACCAACCGAUAGACGUGUAAUGUAAGUCUUAAAUUGUUUUAAAAAUAAAUAGAAUAAAACAAUGAAAAUUAUAUGAUGUCAUCUUAUUGUAUCACUCCCGUCGGGUGUUUGAAGAUUAGCUCAUCUGAAAAACAGUUACCUCAGAUAUCAUUCUGUCACAUGACUAUACGGAAGUGCUUCGCGAGCGAUCUAAACAGACAACAAGAUGGCAUCACACCCGGGAGGAGGCGAUGAAGGCAAUAACAAAGACCAGCUACUGGAACUAGGAGCUGUUUUGUUAAAAGAUUUCAUCUACAAGCGGGUUCAGCGACAUGGAGGCAAUACUGAGGUGACCAGGACCCAGCUGGGUGGAGUAGAGCUGUGUGACCCCAACCACAAGAAGCUGGCCCAGUGCCUGCAGCAGAUUGGAGACGAGUUGGAUGGAAAUGUAGAGCUGCACAAAAUGUUAAACGACUCUUCGCUCAGUCCCACAAAAGAAAUAUUCAUGAAAGUUAGCGUUGAGAUCUUUUCAGAUGGAAAAUUCAACUGGGGCAGGGUGGUUGCACUGUUCUACUUUGCCUGUCGACUCGUCAUCAAGGCUCUUGUGACCCACAUUCCUGAUAUCAUCAGAACAAUAAUCAACUGGACGAUGGACUACCUCCAGGAAAAUGUGAUCAACUGGAUCAGGGAUCAAGGUGGCUGGGAGGGUAUCCGAUCCCACCUGGGCACACCCACAUGGCAGACGGUGGGAGUUUUCCUGGCCGGUGUUCUCACCACUGUUUUAGUUAUUCGCAAGAUGUGAGGCGUUUGUGUGAGCGGACGUGUGAAAGAUGGAAGGAAGAAGUACGCCUGAGAUUCACGGGGACAGGAACAAGAACAUCUGAAUGUGAGCAGAAAGAAGUUACGGCAGAGUGAACAAGUUGUGGAGAAGGAGCUUGUAUUCGGACACGAAGAGCCACUCUUCGUUUCUGCCUCCCGUUCAUUUCCAAGGACUGGGAGUUAGACUGAACGCAUUGUCACACCCAUAAUCCCGACGCCACUGAGGAAGAUGGCCGCAGCAUGAUUACAUGCACAAAGUGUGUGUGUGGGGGGCUAGGGUUGAGGUGGCGAGAUUGGGUGACUUGAACAGGGAAUGCCUUUUUAUGUAAUUUAUUUUGUACUCGGUAUAGACACCCAAAAAAAGUAAUUGCAUUCUGUUAUCGGCCCUGAAAGAUAUAUGGAGCAAAAAUAUUUGACUUCAAUUUUAUCGGUUUUCUUUUGCAUUAUUUCGUUUUUUCUUCCACUCAGAUUGCUUUUCUGAUCUCCCCACUCGCUUCAUCCGCCUCAUCAGGGUGCUAGAGAAUCCAUUUUCAUAUGUAUUUGUGAGUGUCAACUGGUGUAAAUCUGCAACGCUCUGCUGGCAAAUGUUGGAGUUAAGAACAGAUAUUACUCGCGAACAAUUAUUUGAUUAAGCAGAAAGACGAAGACAAAUCAUCUACAAUAAUAUUUGGGCUCAAAUGAAUGCACAGCUCAACCUUCUUUUCAGUGGAUAACUUUAAGUGCCACAACAGGGAUUUAUGUACAAAGUUAUGUUUACAUUCAACAUGAAUCAUUCUUAUGGUAAGACGGUCGCAUGAACUCAAGCAAAAAUCCUGUGCAACAUUUAAUCAUAUGCUACUUUUUGGGCGUUUCGACCAGCAUCGUGACCUUAAUGUGGCGCCCACUCUGAAGAAGCCAACCCUGCGUGGUGGUGUUUGUGGUGCGACAUCUCAUGACGUUUCCGGUGGAAGAUGAGAUGCUUACCUCACGUCACACAGAUUCAAAGUACUGUACGUCUACUGGCGAUAUUCAAACACAGCAAACAGCUUUUUAUACAUUCUUCUUGUUUGUCAGUGCCUUUUGGUGUUUUUUUUUACUCUGGAAUCACUUUGAUAUUCUCCAAUUUUCACGGUUUUCUAUCACAUCUGUAAGGCUGAAAUUAGUUUCCAGUCCCCCUGAAAAUCAUUUUUGCUGUGAUCUUGUCUGUUGUAAUAUGAGAAAUAAAUCUUUUAACGCUGACU